UGUUGCGCACUGCAGUCAAGAUGCUCUUGCUAUUUUUUUUAAUCAUCGGAGUGCAGCAAAUUUUUGUAUCAGAUGCUACUCCACAGGCAUGUGGCAAAUUCAAUGAGACGCAAUUCUAUAACCAACAGAAGUUCCUUGCCCCAGGCGAAUACCCAUGGUUGGGUCGGGUAGGCUAUCAAUUUAACAACCAAAUUGAACUCCGUUGCUUAGCGGUCCUUAUCAGUGAGCGUCAUGCUAUCCUGCCGGCUCACUGUGCCCGAGACGAGGCGCUCACCAUGGUCUUUAAGAACUCCAAAGGUCUAGAUUGGACAUACACAAUCGAGGAGAUGGCUGUACAUCCCGACUUCUCACCGAGCAAUCGCAACCAGCAAAAUGACAUAGCCGUUGCCACAUUGACGAAAGAUGUUCAACUGUCAGAAUAUACACAGCCUAUUUGCUUGCCACCUUCAGAAACAUCCGGAGAUAACUACGUUGGCCAACGAUUGGAGGUUGCUGGUUUUCCCCUGCCAAAGCGUAAUAAAGAGAAAACGGAGUCAUCAGAGCCUGAUAGGUUCCUCAAAGUUCAGGCCCAGAUAGCCAGCGAGGAGCAUUGUAAAGCUAAAUAUGGAGCGCAUCAAUUUUCGCCGACCUCAAAACAAAUAUGCGGAUAUGUCUCUGGUGAUGAAAAUGUAAUGUCUGGUGCACCACUCAUGGCUCUGACUAUGGUCGAUGACAAACCUCAAAAUAUAUAUCUGGUUGGCAUUGUAUCCUUUGGUUUAUCCAUCAAGAGCACUGAGUAUCCUGAUGUGUUCACUCGUAUUCUGCCAUAUAAAGAGUGGAUUCAGAGAAACACUUCUUAAGCUGAGUAAGAAAAUUAAAAGAAUAUACAUGUUUUUGGAGAAUUGUAUACAUUUCUUUAUUCAGAAAUAUCAAUUUGUAAUCACUUGAUAAGUAAUUUAAUAUGGAUUGAUAAUUAUUAUAAUAAAAAUUGGAAUUGUGUUCCACUUAUA